AUGCCGACCAAGAACCAGGAAUACACAACUCCAGAAUAUAUCGAGUUAUCAGGCUCGGCCCACGAGAUAGGACUCAAACAUGGCCGUGAUCUCGCACCCAAAAUUCAUAGCCAGAUCAAGGUCUACGAAGCCAUGUUCCAGCAAACAUCUAAAUUAAGUUGGAAUGAUGUGCGCUCCAUAGCUGAGGAGUACAGCGCGACCAUUCAAAAACUCGCCCCUGAGCUUCAUGUCGAGAUGGCAGCUAUCGCCGAAGGUGCUGAUGUUGACUUAUUGGAUAUUGUGGCGCUAAACUGUAGGAGUGAGAUCGCUCUGGGCCUCUUCUCUGACGGGUGUACGAGUAUGGGAUGGAAGAGACAGGGUGGCGAGGUCUUGCUCGCCCAGAAUUGGGAUUGGACUAAGAGGGUUAAGGAGAACCUUGUGAUGAUGUCUAUUGAGCAGCAAGAGAAACCGAAGAUCUGGAUGGUCACUGAGGCGGGCAUCGUAGGCAAGAUAGGAUUCAACUCUUCGUCCGUAGGAACAACUUUGAACGCUAUCCGAGCCAGACCUACAGAUGCUACCAAAGUACCUAUUCACGUCGCUCUGCGUCUAUGUCUCGAAUCUGAGACUGCCAAUGCAGCGGUGUCCAAACUCGAGUCUCUGGGCGGGCUCGCCUCCUCAGCAAAUAUCCUCCUCGCUGAUGAAACUGGCGCAAUAAGCCUUGAACUCUCCCCAAAUGGCGACAAACAUAUCGCACCUAACAACAAAGGCAUAGUUUGCCACACCAACCACUUCAUACAAAACCGCUACGUGGACGAGCCCCCAUGGGUGAGCGGGAGUUCUGUUCGACUUACCAGAAUCCAGCAAUUGACAGACGCGUUGGCUGAUAGUGGGGAGAAGGCCAAUGGAGCAGUCUUGAGGAGAAAGGUUUUCUCGGAUGGUUUCAAUGCUCCGCAGGCUAUUUGCUGCGAAGAAGAUCCUGAGAGGCCGAUUGAAACGCGGAGCAGUACGCUUUUUAAUAUUGUGAUGAGGUUUGCGGUUGGUGAGAAGCCAAGUGCUGAAGUCGUAUGGGGGAAGCCGUCUAGUGAAGAGGAGGGUGGCGUUUUGAAGAUGCCUUGGUGA